CAAGUCAUGAGCACUAAUCUGAUGGGCGCAUUGCCGUGUAGGGGCGUUAGUUCUGUUCACGAUUACUUGCUAAUCGUAUAACCGGUAGCAAAAUAUGCACCAGAAUGGUGAUUCCUCUGUGCUGUCUGCAGAAUUUCCGGAGCAGGAAAAGGAGGAACGAACGUCGAGAUGACAGAUUCCUUCAAGAAGCGCAAAUGAGCGGCAGUCCUCAGGUGGUCACCAUGACAGCGAGCAGUCAUUCAAGGAGCAGCCGCAGAGGAGACCUCACUUCUAGCCAAGAGAGCUCCAACGUUCACGUGCAGAUAUCUGACAUUGCUGGCGAUGAGGAUGUCGUAGCCACGACCUACUUUCUCAAGGUCUGCAAGUCUACCAUACUGAAGCCCUACACGAUUAUCCUGCAGCUGAUAGGAUGGCGAGCCUUCCGCAAAGAACAUCCGACCCGGCGCCAUCUGAGGUGGCAGCUUCUGAAUAAAUUGUAUCCAGCCACGAUCUUCCUGGUUCUAGUCUACUUCGCAGCGCUGCAAGGCAUCGCUUGUCCAGGGAGGCUAGACUUCGUCGUGCCUGUGGGCACAACGAAAAAUGGAACUCCACCAGCUCCCGUAACAACGACAGUUGGCACAACAACAAUUUCCUUCUUCGAAGAACCUGACUAUCCAGCUGUGGACUACCACGAGAAUCGAGAGAAAGAUGUAGUGGGUACUCACGAGUGCACACACAGGCUGACGAUGUACAUCUUGCCCAGUGUGGUGCAGCUGGCGGCCUUUGUCUAUGGCUUCUACAUGUUCCGUAUCGUGGAAGUGGACGAGCAACUGUACGCCCUCAUGGAACGCGUAUUCCUCCAGUCAUCAGUAUAUUUCGCCGAAAGAAUUAUUAUAUCCAUAACAAGAAAGUUCUUGAUGGCAGCUGUUUUGUGGGCUGGACUGCAGGUCAUUGUGCAGGUGCUGUACAACCUCGCCUUAGAAUCGGAAAUUGCGUUGCUUAGAAGAACGUUCGUCAAGGUUGGAACGUCAGUGAAUACUCCCAGGGUGGACACCUACCUCCUGUCUGCUGUUCGUGUGUUUGGCCAGUUGGUCAUGACCACGGUCGAGAUGGCUGUCAUCCUCAACUACUGCACCCAAAGCGAGAUGAUCAUUAUUUAUAUCAAAGGAAUCACACUGCGCCUGCGGGAAAAGCGAAUCACCAUCAGGGAGGUGAUGCAUGAAAUCCUGGCUUGUCGUGACUUCAUCAGUCAUCUUAAUAAGAACCUUGGGAAGGUAACAGCAUGCUUCCUUGUCAACUUUGCUGUUCAUACUGUGGCUGGAGUCUUCCUCUUUCUGCUGAAUGACGACAGCAACGGGAUGGUGAUGGCAUACCGUGGCCUCUAUCCUAUCCCUUGGUUUCUGGCCAUGUAUUGGCCCGUUUAUCAGGCAUCACGAGUAACGAGUAUGGGAGAAAAAAUUGAAAAGAUCAGCAUUGAAACAAGGGUGUUCGGAUACCAAGAUGCACAAGAGUUCGAGCUAGACUCCUUCCUCCUCUUUAUAGGAAACCUCAAAAUCAGAGCCAGGAUGUUUGGAGCCCGCAUUCUACCGUCUACUGUGACGCUGGGGUUCGGUUUGGUGUUUCUCAUCGUCUACGUGCUCAUUAUUGCCGGCGCACUGACCAACCCAGUCAUGGGACCUUUACUCUAGCGCAAGAGUAUACAUUCAACUCGAUGUUAUUGCACAAACGAGGAAAUACAUCCCGACGUGGUGUAAAAUA